UCGACCCGGCGCCGAAGCACCGGGUCGCACGGUGUCGGUAUGUCCAAGGAAUCGGGUCAGUUUUAAUAAAAUAUAUGUAAAAAUUCGAUCUUGUUAGUGAAAUUAACGCUUGUAUUUGGAUUCUUCAUGAAUAGAUAAAUUUGUGCAGUGCAAGAAGACGGACCUCAGCUAAGAUCUAAUGCUCCAAAAGAAAAUGUUCAAUAUAACAAGAUGAAUACAACAUGGUGAUUUUCCGAUUUCUCACAUAUCAUUUGAAAAAGCAGGACUUAAAGAUAAAAUCACAGUCCAUUCAAGAUUCAAGUCAAUUAGAUGUCUUGUAUGCUAGGCAUAAACGUCGACUUAGGAGGUCAUUAUUUGUAUCUGGAUUAAUAAUUGGAAUCAUUACAUGCGUGGCGGCAACAAUAUGGCUUUUAAUUACAGAAGAACAGAACUCAAAGCUGCAUUGGCUUCUGGGUUUACUGUGCACUUGUAUCAUAAUCUGCGCUUUGGUUUUGGGUCUGUCCAGGGUCCCAGGAUUAUUGAAAUCCAGGGUCGCAGCUGCUUUUUUAUCAAUAUGCCCGCUAAUUGCUCUUACAGCAGCCUGUGAAUUAGAGACCACAAAUCGGAAUGCGGCCCUGCCAUUAUAUGUUUUGAUCUUGGCAACUCACACGAUGCUACCACUUACAAGAAUUUUUGCUAUAACAUUAGCAACUAUACUUACCCUCGGUCACGUACUGGUGCGGUUUGCUGUGCUGGUUAAUUCCGGUGAAGAUGUACCUUAUAUGCAGUUAUUAUCCGAAUUGCUGUUCCUCAGCUGCGCCAGUGUCGCCGGUUUGUAUUACCGCGUGCGGGCGCGGGCUGCUCAUCUGGCCACCGUUAGCGGCACCAGAAGUGGGAUAGAGUCGCGCGUUCGGCUGGAGUGUGAGCGCGAGCAACAGGAGCGGCUGUUGCUUAGCGUCAUUCCGGCUUACAUAGCGGCCGAAGUGAAACGCAGUAUAAUGCUCAAGAUGGCAGACGCCUGUCAGACACCUGAGAACAACACUUCAGGUGCAGCAGCUCGUUUCCAUGAAAUGCAUGUGCAACGACACAACAAUGUCAGCAUUCUGUAUGCGGACAUUGUGAACUUUACGCCUUUGUCAGAGAAGUUAAGUGCAUCGGAUUUAGUAAAAACAUUGAACGAGCUCUUUGGAAGAUUUGAUCAAAUUGCGCAGGAAAACCAAUGUAUGAGGAUCAAAAUCUUGGGCGAUUGCUAUUACUGUGUGUCAGGUUUGCCCGUAUCUCGGCCCCAUCACGCGGCCAACUGCGUCAACAUGGGAUUGCAGAUGAUCGAGGCUAUCAGAUUCGUUCGAGAGGCAACCGGCUUCGACGUAGAUAUGCGAAUCGGUGUCCAUACUGGUAAUGUUCUUUGUGGAGUUCUCGGGUUGCGCAAAUGGCAAUUCGAUGUUUGGUCCGACGAUGUCACUUUAGCCAACUACAUGGAAAGCGGCGGCGUAGCUGGGAGGGUGCACAUAACCAAGGCGACGAUGGAGCAGCUAGGCGGACAAUUCGAACUGGAGCCGGGCAACGGCGGGUCGAGGGAGGGCUAUCUCGCCGAUCACAAAGUUGAAACUUAUCUCAUCGUGCCGCCUAAGGUAAGAGAGGAAAUUAUUGAACUUGAGAAUUAUGAAAAUUCUAAAAUAGCUCCAUCUGGACUUGCAGUACGUUCUAGGCCAUCAAGCAAAAUGACCAAGUACGUUGAAUGCUGGGGCGCGGAUAAACCAUUCGCCAAUAUCACAGACUCCAGCAUGGCCAAAAAUAUUGGAUUGGCGAGCAUAGCCAUGAUCGAAUCUAAUUUGGAGCCAUCUCGCAUGUGCUGUUUCUGUUGUUGUGGAGGCAGUGGCUCCGACUGGUGCGGCCGUGGAGCACCCAGAGAGCUUAAGCCCUGCACAUUAAGAUACAGGGUUGACGAAAGGGAAUCCAUGUAUGCCACUCGUCGAGACGAUCUUUUCAGGAGGGAUGUUGCUUGUGCAUACGGAUUGUUUAUUCUGAUGGCUGCUGUAUUAUUACUUACACAACAGAGUAUUGUGAUUUGUGGAUCCUUGUUGGCCACCGCUGUUUCUCUAAGUGCUCUACUGUGGCUUAGUGCCCACGGUCCAAAAUCUGAUGAACUUCAACACGGAGGCAACUCAGCAACUCCGAUUACUGCUCUAUGUGCUGGACCAGCAGAUAUAGUUGCAGCAAGCAGGUUCCUGAGAUUGGCUGUUUUUGGACUGAUGACCUCACUUAUUGCAUGUUGUGCAGCCAUUGGCCUGAUAAACUUCGAGGACAACACCAUAGAGCUUGUUAACAACCUAAAUACCACAGACAUUGAAAAUAAUGAAUGGAUUCUAACAGAAAUGGAGAACUUUAAAAACGUACCGACAUAUCUGCACGCUUGUGCAAUCUCUUUGACAACUGUAUCAGUUUUCUUGCGCUCUGGUUUUCUUCUGAAAUUAUGUGUGAUGAUAAUUAUUGGAUUGUGUCAAUUGGCAGUUAUAGUAACCAGCGAAUUUGCUCAAAAUUACGAUGGUUUCUAUGACACAAGAAUUUGGUUAUGGGCUCUGGUGAUGUUCAUUGUACUGAUAUCUAUUUUACACACAUUGGAUCGUCAAGGUGAAUAUACUGCUAGGACAGAUUUCUUGUGGAGAGCAAAACUUAAGGUGGAACAAGAUGAAGUCGAAACUAUGAGAGGUAUCAAUAAGAUUCUUUUAGAAAACAUAUUACCAGCCCACGUGGCUCAACAUUUUCUUCGUAGUGCUAGAGAUCUUUACCACGAAAGAUAUGCCUGCGUUGCAGUCAUGUUCGCUUCAAUUCCAAAUUAUAAAGAAUUUUAUGAUGAAACUGAUGUUAAUAAGCAAGGUCUAGAAUGCCUGAGGUUGCUGAAUGAAAUUAUCUGCGAUUUUGAUAAGUUGCUUCUGAAACCCAAAUUCAGCAGUAUUGAAAAAAUCAAAACUAUUGGUAGUACCUAUAUGCUAGCUUCUGGGUUACGGCCAGGAAAAGAAGAAAGUGCUGAGGAACUAAAACGUUCUGAAGAGCAAACUGUUGUGGUGCUGGUAGAAUUUGCCUGUGCUUUGUUUGCUGCUCUUGAUCAAAUCAAUAGAGAGUCAUUUCAAAGGUUCCGGCUGAGAGUUGGUUUGAACCAUGGACCAGUAAUUGCAGGAGUUGUUGGAGCUCAAAAGCCCCAAUACGAUAUUUGGGGAAACACUGUCAAUGUGGCAUCUAGAAUGGACUCAUGUGGCAUUAUGGGCAGAAUGCAGGUCACAGAAUCCACAGCAAAAGUGCUCAUGAGGGCUGGAUACAAUUGUGAAUGUCGUGGACCUACUUAUGUAAAAGGUAAAGGUACUUUAACAACAUAUUUUAUCAAGACACAGCAUGAUAAUCAAUAAGAUUAAAUAAGCUAUUCAAUACAUAUUCUAUAAAUGUUUAUUUUUAUAAACUUG